GAGAGAUUUGUUUGUUUGCUUAAUCAGCUAUGAGCGCGAGGCAAAGGCGCGUCGUCUUGCCGGAGGCAAUGGGCGGGAAGGAUAGCUGCAAUCGGAAUUCUUAAGAGCUACUGGUUCGAACGAAUCAAUGUAAUUCGAUAUUGUUUGUAAGUAAGUAAGUUGCAAGAAUUCGACGAAGAUGAGCGGCAGCUUGAACGACGAUAGUUUCCAUCAAGAUCUUCAACCCCGAGCCAAUAAUGUUUCCGACUAUUUGUCGCACCAGCUUCAACCUCCGCCGCCGCCGCCUCGUCGUCCUCGUGGCUUUGCCGCCACCGCUGCUGCUAUAGGACAGACAACUUCCACGGCUUCUGCUACUGGCGGCAAGGCAAAGAGAGAGAGAGAGAAGGAAAAAGAGCGGACGAAGCUUCGUGAGCGCCAUCGCCGAGCCAUUACUAGUCGAAUACUGGCGGGACUCCGCCAGUAUGGUAACUUCCCCCUUCCUUCUCGCGCUGAUAUGAAUGAUGUGCUGGCCGCGCUUGCUAGGGAGGCUGGUUGGGUUGUCGAGGCCAAUGGCACCACAUACAGGCACUCCACUCCGCCUUCUCAGUCCCAAGAGGCAGCAUUUCCUGUAAGGUCAGGUGAAAGUCCUAUCUCAUCUGGUUCUUUUAAGAGUUGCUCUAUUAAAGCAGCUUUAGAUUGUCAGCCAUCUGUUCACAGAAUUGAUGAGAGCUUGUCUCCAGCAUCUUUAGAUUCGGUUGUUAUCACGGAAAGAGAUGCAAAGAAUGAGAAGUAUGCAGCUUUGAGCCCUCUUAACUCAGCUCACUGCCUGGAAGAUCAGCUUAUACAAGAUAUUCGCCCUAGGGAGAAUGAGAGUCAGUUCAGAGGCACUCCUUAUGUCCCUGUUUAUGUAAUGCUUUCAAUUGGUUUUAUAAACAACUUCUGUCUAUUGAUUGAUCCCGAUGGCGUUAGACAGGAGUUAAGUCAUUUGAAAGCACUAAAUGUUGAUGGUGUUAUUGUGGAUUGUUGGUGGGGUAUCAUAGAAGCUUGGAACCCACAGAAGUAUGUGUGGUCUGGCUAUAGAGACCUUUUUAACAUCAUACGAGAAUUCAAGCUGAAAUUGCAGGUUGUGAUGGCAUUCCAUGCAUGUGAGGGAACUGAAUCUGGUGAUGCAUAUAUCAACCUCCCACAAUGGGUUUUGGAGAUAGGGAAGGAAAACCCCGAUAUAUUCUUUACAGAUCGUGAAGGAAGGAGGAAUGAGGAUUGUCUAUCUUGGGGCAUUGACAAAGAGCGAGUUUUAAGAGGAAGAACUGGCAUGGAGGUCUAUUUUGACUUCAUGCGAAGCUUUCAUACUGAGUUCAAUGAUUUGUUUGCUGAGGGUUUUGUCUCUGCUAUUGAAGUAGGACUGGGGGUAUCUGGAGAACUAAAAUAUCCUUCUUUCUCAAAAAGAAUUGGAUGGAGCUAUCCUGGUAUUGGUGAGUUUCAGUGUUAUGAUAAGUAUCUACAACAGAGUCUGCGCAAAGCUGCUGGGCUUCGUGGUCACUCAUUCUGGGCUAGAGGACCUGAUAAUUCUGGACAAUACAAUUCUAGACCACAUGAAUCAGGGUUCUUCUGUGAACGAGGUGAUUAUGAUAGUUACUACGGGCGCUUUUUCCUCCAAUGGUAUGCGCAGAUGCUGAUAGAUCAUGUAGAUAAUGUUUUGUCUCUUGCAAGCCUUGUCUUUGAGGAAACAAAAUUUAUCGUUAAGAUUCCUGCAGUUUAUUGGUGGUACAAAACUUCUAGUCAUGCGGCAGAGCUCACAGCUGGGUUUUAUAACCCCUCUAACCAAGAUGGUUACUCCCCUGUUUUAGAUGUUCUGAAGAAACACUCUGUAAUAGUCAAACUCGUAUGCUCUGGCAUGCCAGUUACUGGUCAGGAAGUGGAUGAUGCAUUGGCUGAUCCAGAAAGUUUGAGUUGGCAGAUUUUAAAUUCUGCUUGGGAUCGAGGCUUAGCUGUAGCCGGUGAAAAUUCCCUUUCGUGCUAUGACAGAGAAGGACAUAUGAGAAUUAUUGAUAUGGCAAAACCGAGGAAUGACCCUGAUCGCCAUCGUUUCUCUUUCUUUGCAUAUCGUCAGCAGCCUGCUGAUUUGAUUCAAGGAGCGGCUUGCUUUCCGGAGCUGGACUACUUCAUUAAGUGCAUGCAUGGCGAGAUAGUAGACGAUUUGGUGCCCUGUUGAAGUGCAAAAUUCUUACUCAUACAUGGAUUGCAAACUGUAGCUACCGUUCUAGACAUGUUCAGGUAAAUUAUUGUCAUCUCAAACCUCGUAAAGAGCAUAGUGAUUGUAAAUUUCAUCUUCUAUGCGUCGUUUUUUAAGUUGCUGCCUUUGAAUGAUGAACCCAUUAGAGUUUGUUAGUGACCGUUCAGCUGGGAAAAUUUAGUUGGUUUAAAAUA